ACGACUCUUUCCAAUUUAUUAUAUUUCUGUUAUUAUGUAUCUCUGAACUAUUUCUCUGAGAAAAUGGUACUGAUAAGGGAGCAUACGUACGAUUUUCAUAUACAGGUUGAGCUUUCAAAAUUAGCAAUGGAAACUUUGGAAUUCGGGAUCAACGAAAAUGAUGAAGAAUAUGGGUUUUUAAUGAACAACAGUAGCCUAAGAAGAGCCUUGUCAGCGGACCUUACUGCGUCUGAUUCCAUUCUCCUUGACAUAACAAACAGAGAAGACAACCAAAUGAGCGCUUGCUUGAGCGCUGAUGUUCUAGAAUUACAGACAUUAUUGACUAACUGGAAGCUUGAUCGUUUGCUGAAUCAUUUAGUAGAUCAGAAGGUUUUCGUGCCUCAGCUCAAAAUGAUGGGGAGACACCAUGUGCGGGAGUUGCUCGAAAAAUAUGACGUUGGAACGCGAAUUGAAUUCGAGCACUAUCUCUCACUCUGGAGACAAUCAAUUGGUAUCCCUCUAAAUUCCUAUGAAACUGGCCCCACUGGAAGUGGUAUGACAAGGCAGCUCGCAAGCACAUCCAUCUGGGUGGACAAUCUUGAACCAUCAGACAUAAGGUCACCGUGUUCAUCCCAUCAUUCAACCGAUGCGGGAUCAGGUGCCAAAGUGCUAUUGGCAACUAUUCUGAAAGACUCCCCGAAAGCAGCGCUGUUGAUGGAAUACUGGGAAAAAAAUUCGAAAUUUGACAACGAACAGAGAGGAGCCCUGAUCAGUUUAAUAGCAAGAUACUUCGAGGAUAAUCGCAUCCCCAUGACAAUGGCUGCAAGCUAUCAAUUGGAACGAGAGAUAGUCGAGAGAUUUCCGACUGAGAAGCUGGAGUUCUACCGCACUAACAAGAGAGGAAAACUCUACAAUAAAUGGAGGAACAGCAACGGUAGAUUCAAUAAAGCUGUUUUGAAAAAAACGGAAAAAACGGAUACAAGCAGGACUGAUAUUGCUCUUGAUUCAGAAAAGGACGCGGAGGAUAUAAUAAGGUCACUGCGCAAUGACGAUCUAUCUGCCGAAGAGCUCGAUCGGUUUUGGAAGGCGUGCGGGAAUUAUCGAUUGAAUCAAAUCAGAACAGCCAAUUCAACAGCAGAAAUUUUGAAGAAGUGGCCGCAAUAUAAAACUCCCUCCGGAUAUAGAUUUAUUGAAUUUGAUUUCGUCAUUCUCAAUAGAGAUAGUAAAGACCCUUCUUCAAUUUGGGAGGCCGGUGCGAAUAAGAUAAUACAAUUCCUCGCAAAUAGUAUCAAAGACAAAGAGUUGAAAACUUUGAUAAAAAGUCUGGACGAAGACAUGGAAGAGAAUGGUCGGAACGCCACAAUUCUGUGGCUUCUUCAUGGGUUCUUUGUGCCCAGCAAUCGAGGAACACAAACCGAUAUAAACGGCAAGAAAAAAAUUACAAAAUAG